CACGAGUCGGCAUUGUCAGGCGGCGGCACCGCGCGGGCCUAAGCACGCUUGUUAGUUGGUGGGUUCCGUGCGGCAGCGGCGGCGGCCGAGGAGGAGGACUCGAGGUUGCGGCGGCUCCGUCGGCAGACGGGGGACAGGUCCGGCAGCGCGAGCGUGAGCGCGGCGGAGCCCGCGGCGCCUUCCCAGCGGGUGGGGACGAGAGGGCCCCGCGGCGUCAUCGGCGGCGAGGAGCCGCGCGCUUCGGCCUAGCAUGUCGGAAGCGGGUGAGGAGCAGCCCAUGGAGACGACGGGUGCCACCGAGAACGGACAUGAGGCCGCCCCCGAAGGCGAGUCGCCGGCCGGCACCGGCACCGGCACCGGGGCCGCGGCAGGAGCCGGAGGCGGGAGCGCGGCGCCCCCGUCCGGCAACCAGAACGGCGCCGAGGGCGACCAGAUCAACGCCAGCAAGAACGAGGAGGACGCGGGAAAAAUGUUCGUUGGUGGCCUGAGCUGGGAUACCAGCAAAAAGGACCUAAAAGAUUAUUUUACCAAAUUUGGAGAGGUCGUUGACUGUACAAUAAAAAUGGAUCCCAACACGGGCCGGUCAAGAGGAUUUGGGUUUAUCCUCUUCAAAGAUGCAGCCAGUGUGGAGAAGGUUCUAGACCAGAAGGAGCAUAGGCUGGAUGGCCGUGUCAUUGACCCCAAAAAGGCCAUGGCCAUGAAGAAGGAUCCAGUAAAGAAAAUUUUUGUAGGGGGUCUGAAUCCUGAAGCCACUGAGGAGAAGAUCAGGGAGUACUUCGGCGAGUUUGGGGAGAUUGAAGCCAUUGAACUUCCAAUGGAUCCAAAGUCAAACAAAAGACGAGGCUUUGUUUUCAUCACCUUUAAAGAAGAGGAACCUGUGAAGAAAGUUUUAGAGAAAAAGUUCCACACUAUCAGUGGAAGUAAGUGUGAAAUCAAGGUGGCUCAGCCUAAAGAGGUUUAUCAACAGCAGCAGUAUGGCUCCGGGGGCCGCGGGAAUCGCAACCGAGGGAACCGAGGCAGCGGCGGUGGUGGCGGAAGUGGAGGAGGUCAGAGUCAGAGUUGGAAUCAGGGCUACGGCAGCUACUGGAACCAGGGCUACGGCUACCAGCAGGGCUACGGGCCUGGCUAUGGCGGCUACGACUACUCGCCCUAUGGCUAUUACGGCUACGGCCCCGGCUACGACUACAGUCAGGGUAGCACAAAUUACGGGAAGAGCCAACGACGCGGUGGCCAUCAGAACAACUACAAGCCAUACUGAGGCUUCGGCAGGAGUGCCCGACUGACCGCACACGCUUUGUUUGGAUAUCGAGUGAACACAAUUAUGUACCAAAUUUAACUUGGCAAACUUUCUAUAGCCUGUCCCAUGUGCAUCUUAUUUAAAAAUUUCCCCCUGGAAAUCACUCUCCUGUUCAAUAUUUCCAGAGCUCUAGUUGUUUUAGGCAGCGUGUGGUGUCUUAAGAGGCCAGAGAGGCAUUAUGGGCUGAUUUUUUAUUACCGGGUGACCCAGAGCCAGGCCGGAGGGUCUGCUUCCCACUGCUGCUCUGCAGCCUGCAUCUGUGUGGACCCUGGUUGUAAAGAGUAAAUUGUAUCUUAGGAAACCAGUGUCACCUUUUUUCACCUUUUAAUUUUAUAUUAUUUGUGUCAUACAUUUCCUGUAAUGGAAGUGUUAAUUUUACUGUACUUUUUGGUACCUUUCGGGAAUCUAAUGUAUUGUAAGGUAUUUUACACGUGUCCUGAUUUUGCCACGACCUGGAUAUUGAAGCUAUCCAAGCUUUUGAAAUAAAAAUUUAAAAACCCCUGA